GACUUUCGCAAUUAAUUGUUUUGAGAGUUUGGCUUUGGACUUUUUGGAACUUUAUACAUCGUUGUGAUUUUUUGUUUUUUCCGCUCGUACACACUCAGCUCACAAGUGCUUUGACUUUGAAACCUGUUCUAGUCUCUUUCUUCUCUCAAUAUUGUUGUGCACUUUAUGUUUGAGGACCACAAUCAGCUCUAAGAUCAAUAUUACCAUCUGAAAAGCAAAAUGCAGCUUCUUUCUUUGAAUUUACCGUAUCUCCUUCUUUUUAAACUUUCUAAACUCCAUCAGCCGAGCCACCGCAGCCUCCCCGGUGCACUCGGCGUUUUUUCUUCCUUCAGGUAGUCCUGCCGCGGGUGCGUAUUUGGGUUGGCCUGCGUCUCUGCCGACUGCACAGCAUGGAUCUGGACUGUGGUCGGAUCAAGCAGGCAAUUGGGAGAGAGCAACGUCAACGCCGACGCACAACGUAGCACAAGGGAUUGCCGCUGGCAAAAGCCCCUCUACUUCCGCGAGCAGCAGCAGAGAAUUACGGCUCUCGGCGUUUUUUCCCGAGGAUGCAGCGGCAGCACCUGGAACCACUACCACACGUGAAGAUGCGAACACUAAGAACCCCCCGAAAAGCCCCGGCGCGGCAAACACAACGCCAGUGGUGGAGGUGAAGCUGGAUGAUCACUUUCCCGAAAGGCAGAGUCCGGUGAAUGCUGCUCACAGUGCGCAGCUGCAAGAGCGGCAUCCGAUAGAAAAGAAAAUUCGGAGUAAAAAUACCGCGUCCUCCUCAGCCUCCUCUUCUCCCACAAAUCAUGUGCAGAUGCAGAGAAAACACGUUACAGUUACAGAGAUCCACGCCUGCCACUUUCCACGAGCGUCGGAAGGCAUGGUGACGGGAAGAGGAGAGCGCGCCGAGGAUGUGUUAACUAUGGAGGAGAAAAUCGCAUUGGGAAUCAAGACCGACCCGAUUCUACAAUUGUUGUGCGGGCGUCGGAAGCAGCAUAACAAGCAUACGGGAACACCGACGCGCGAUGAAGGAGAGGACGUAGGCAGAAUUGAUCAGGAGAGUCCUGUUUCUUUACGCAUCAAGAGCCCUCCUAUUAGUACGACCCCGGGGACUGCUCCUGCUGUUUUACCUCUGUAUUCAUCUCGGUCAGCAAUGCCCAUAGAAGAUGACGAGGCGCUCCAGCAGAACUGCUUUUACACGACCAAUACAGACCCGCAGUACGUCAUCCAACAACCCACGGCAGUUGCUAGCGCUUGUGCACCGCCACCAGGUCUCGUGCACCCGGAAACCAUAGCGGAAACGACCACGACGCCCACUAGUUUGGGUAGUAAAACUUCGUCUUCAUCUCCGUCAUCACGGGAACUACCAUAUCGGAACAAAGUCAACAGUGGAGGCAGUUCUGUCGCUCCGCAUGUAGUUUCUCUUUUUUCCACAGCACUGGCGAGGUCUCCUAGAAGCCUUUGUAGAGGUGGUAGAGGUGGCAGGCGGGCGGGAAAUAAAGAUGGGAUGAGCCUGACGGGCAAGAGCAACUCCGACACGCUUGAGCGUCCCUCCUCUUGGAGCAGAUCUGCCACGACGCCGGCACCAGAAAUCCCGUCCACUACCAGGCGUGCGCGGCCAGGGGGAAUCGCAAGCUACGACCUAGAGAUGACCUCCUGGUGCACCAGGAAUAAUCGCAACGGUGUUGAGCCUCGAUCUGUUUUCGUUGGCAGGGAUGUCAAAGAAGCAACGAAACAAACCUUGCAGACUUCCAACGAGCACUUUUCCAUCCUCGACGCGGAUCUGCUCGACCAUCCGAAGGUUGUGACACCCAUGAAUACAACGUCCGAACGAGGAGAGCUUACGCCUGCGUCUCGCAGUACUAACGGUGUUCAGAUGAAUAUGCAGCACCAACAGGCAGCUUCUACGUUUCGCCAGCAUCGGAGAAUGGCGAAGACGUCUGUGACUUCAUCGGGGUCCUCUCCGACAUCUACCGGUACCGCGCAAGAUAGCUUUUCGCCUUUUCGACCGGUUUCAGAAGGUGGAGGCGCAUCGGCACAUAAUUCGCGCAUGACCAGUGACGCGAUUGCGGAGUUCUGGUUGAGCGACUGUUUUCUGGAAGGGAAUGAGCAAUAUUUUGAAGAAGGUAAUAGUGAAGGUAGAGGCGGUCAAGUAGACGCACGAUAUUAUCUUCACAACCCAGCACAGCAGGAAGAAUUCCGACUAGGACCGCGGACGAACGAAAACGAAAAGACCCUGCAUCUUCCGCAUGACAUCCAGCAACAGCACGACCUCGAUCGAGCGAAGAUGCGGCAGGUGUUAGACAAAACUACACUCGAGGAGCUGGUGCGCGAAGAGGCGGCGUUGGAGAAAGGGGAAACAGCACCGAGGUAUGAUUUUUUCGGAAAAGCGAAAACUACCAAGAGCGCCACUUUAUUUGCGGAAGAAGGACGAGCACGAGACUCUGUUUCUGCCAACACUCGCGCAGCUUCAUCAACGGAUCAUGAUACCACUACGCCAUUGUCUGCACUCGAAGAGGAUCCCGACUCCAAGUUUUACCAGACUGCUGUCAACCUGCUGCUCACGCCCGCGACGGAGAGCCAUGCGGAUGGGGUGUUCUUCGAUAAAGACCACAAGGAAGCAAUCAGCUUCGACUCGGAGCCCAUGUACGUGAAGGUGAAUCGAGCAAGUGCUGACAGUGAUUGACUGCACUCGACGUACUGGUGAUGGAGGACAAGGGGACAUGGACAUAUUUUUCUGUUUCAACGACAACGUCAAGGUCUCUGUCUUUCUCGCCGGUCGUAAGCAGUAAGCUCUUGAUACAUAAAACUGGGCUGCGGAUCUUGAUCUUGGUAUGAGAGCAAAUAGGUGCAGCACCAUCGUGAUUGGCAUUUUUUUGCUACUUGUGCAAGAACUGCAACAAAUUGGAUCCCCGGCGUAUUUCUCGAUUUUGAAACUCAGCGCGCGACUGAACCUCUUCCCCCCCCCCGCAUAUAUGCAUACACAUACUAUAUUAUUACUAUUAUAAUUUAUAUUUAUUAUUACUAUUAUACCUUAUUAUAAUAAAAAGUAUAUAGUCAUAAUAUAACAUAAAAAAUAAAGUAGUACUAUAAUACGCACGCCAUAAAUCUGCAAUCCACCGCAACCCUCCGCAACCCUCCGCAACCCUCCGCAACCCACCGCAACCCUCCGCAACCCACCACAACCCUCCGCAACCCCCCGCAACCCUCCUCCCCCCGCUCCUCUGGUGUUUCCUUACUCCCCCCGCUUGUUGUAUGUGAUCUGCUAUGUAUGUAGUAGCUUUGUUUUUUCUUUUUUUUUUGAAAGAGUAAAAAAAAUGUAUAGAGCAGAAGUAAACUACGAGGCUUUAGCGUGCGAUCUGGGUAGACCCAGAAACCAGCACAACCUUUCGCAACCCACCACAGCCCCCCGCUCCUCUGGUGUUUCCCUACUCCCCCCGCUUGUUAUAUGUGACGCGUUAUGUAUGUAGUAGCGUUGUUUCUUUUUUUUGUUUAAGAAUGAAAAAAAAAAAAUCUAAAGCAUGAGCAGCAUGCUAUGAGGCUGCAACGAUCUGGGUAGAUCCAGAAACCAACGCAACCCACCGCAACCCUUCGCAACCCUCCAAAACCCACCGCAACCCUCCAUAACUCUCCGCGACCCUCCUUCCCCCGCUCCUCUGGUGUUUCCUUACUCCCCCCGACGGUGAUAUGUGAUCUGCUACGUAUGUAGUAGAUUUUUUUUUUUAAAGAAGCAAAAAAAAAAUUUAAAGCAUAAGGAGCCUACGAGGCUCCCGCGAUCUGGGUAGACCCAGAAACCAGCGAAACCCCCCGCAACCCACGGCAACCCUCCGCAACCCCCCCCCAGGCUCCUCUGGUGUUUCCUUACUCCUCCCGCUUGUUAUAUGUGGCGCCCUACGCACCUCGUAGCGCUGUUUCUUUUUUUGUUUCAGAAUGAGAAAAAGCAUAAAGCACAAAUAAGCUCCAUACUAUGAGGCUGCAGCGAUCUGGGUAGAUCCAGAAACCUAUACAAGUGCUCAGCUCCCCCUCCCCCUCAAAAUAUUGAUAUUGGAAUAUUUAUUUGGUUACCAAAUAGCGCGCUUCUAUGUCACCAAAUAGUGCGCUUUUAUGUCAUCAAACCGUGCACGUUUCGACCUCAAAUGCGGAGCGCUUGCGUUGCUUUUUGUGCGACCAAAAGCGUCGCAAAAGUUUGCAGUCUCUCGCUAUGUUGUGAAAGCUAAUCGCGAUGCUUUGGGCUCACUCCCCCUCGCCAAGGCUGUCCGCUUCCCCUCAUGAGGGGGAGUGGGCCCAUAGCAUCGCGAUUAGCCAUCAAAGUGUAAUAUUUUUUGCUCCUUUUUGGCGGUUCGCAGCUCCGAGCCCAAAAAGUCGCUGAUUUGAAUGACAAAAAGUGGAUGAUUUGAAUGAAAAAGCGAGCGCUUUUUUAAUUUUUUUCUAGGAGCUAGACUGCAUGCUAUGGGGGCGAUUUGCCGGGGCCAAAGCGCUGCAAUUUCCGCUAAUCGCGAUGCUAUGGGCUCACUCCCCCUCACCAAAGCCGUCCACUUUCCCUCAUGAGGGGGAGUGGGCCCAUAGCAUCGUGAUUAGCGAUCAAAGAGUAAUAUUUUUUGAGCUCACUUCCGAGGUCGCAAAAAAGUCGCUGAUUUGACGACACAAAAAGUGGCGAUUUGGCGAGCAUUUGCCGGAAGUCUUGCAACUUAUCAACUUACACGCAGAAGAAGGCCCGGCAUUUUCUUUUGGUUGUUGCCGUCUCCUUGUUUAUUCCUGACGCAGUCAUCUGACCCCGAUUUCUGCGCCAGGUGUGCGGAGAUCACAGGCUCGACCGAUCAAAGGCACGAAGACACUCCGGGUCCGCGACCUUUUGCGACGCGUUUGCUGCCACAAAACGCAACGCGAUGGAUCGCUGCGCAUUUAUCGGAGUCGAAACGUGCGCGAUUUGAUGGCACAAAAGUGCAACAUUUGGUGACAUAAAAGCGCAUUAUUUGGUAACCAAAUAAAUUGCGAAAUAUUACGAAAAAGUAAUAUUUUGAGGGGGAGGGGGAGCUUGUCACUUGUAUAAAACCAACGCAACCCUCCGCAACCCUCCACAACCCUCCGCCCCCCGGCGCUCCCCUGGUGUUUCUUUAUUCCCCUCGCUUCUUAUAUGUGGCGCGCUAUGGAUAUAACAACUCUACUGAAUGAAACAAAACGCACAGCAUAAAUAUGCUAUGGGGCUGCAGCGGUCUGGGUAGAUGCAGAAACCAUAACCAACGCAGCCCGCCGCAACCCACCACAACCCACCACAACCCACCACAACCCCCCGCGAUCCUUCGCCCCCCGUCCCUCUGAUGUUUCCUUACUCCCCCCGCUUGUUAUAUGUGACGCGCUAUGCGUAUAGCAGCUCUGUUGCCUUUUUUUUGACAGAAUAAAUAGCCAAGCACGCUAUGAGGCUGCAGCCAUCUGGGUAGACCCAGAAACCAGCGCAACCCCCCGCAACGCCCCUCCCCCCGCCCCUCUGGUGUUUCCUUGCUCCUCUGGUGUUUCCUUGCUCCCCCCGCUUGGCUUGUUGUGUGUCAUCUUCUAGCUACGAUGUAUAUAAUAGCCUUGAUAGAUUGCUUAUUUUUUUUCAGUAAGAAAAAAAUAUGCCACGGGGCUGCAACAAUCUGGAUAGAUCCAGAAGCCAACGCAUCCCCUCGCAACCCCCCGCAGCGGGCGAGGGCGGAGGGUUGUGGUGGGUUGCGGAGGGUUGCGGUGGGUUGCGGAGGGUUGCGGAGGGUUGCGCUGGUUUCUGCAUCUACCCCGAUCGCCGCAGCCUCAUAGUAUGCUUUUACUCUUUUUCAUUCUUCCAAAAAAAGAAAACAAAGCCACGACAUACAUAGCAGAUCACAUACAACAAGCGGGGGGGGGUGAGGAAACACCAGCGGGGCGGGGGGAGGAGGGUUGCAGAGGGUGGCUGAGGGUUGCGGAGGGUUGCGGAGGGUUGCGGAGGGUUGCAGAAGGUGGCGGAGGGUGGCGGAGGGCGGCGGAGGGUGGCGGAGGGUUGCGGAGGGUUGCGGAGGGUUGCGGAGGGUUGCGGAGGGUUGCGGAGGGUUGCGGAGGGUGGCGGAGGGUGGCGGAGGGUGGCGGAGGGUUGCGGAGGGUUGCGGAGGGUUGCGGAGGGGUUGCGGAGGGUUGCGGAGGGUUGCGGAGGGUUGUGGUGGGUUGUGGUGGGUUGUGGAGGGUUGCGGCGGGUUGCGGUGGGUUGCGGUGGGUUGCGGUCGGGUCGUUGUUGGUUGUUUUUGUGCUUUUGCUCUUAUAUAGGACAAAAAUGCCAAUCACGAUGGUAGUGCACCUAUUUGCUCUCACGCCUUGAUCUUGAAUAUUUGUCCUCAGUUAAUAUGCGAAAAGCACUAGCACGAGAUCUCUUCCAUUUGUUUUGGACUUGGAAUUCUUGAGGUACUCAAGGUUUCUAAUUCUAUGAAUAAUUAAAACGCAAUAUAUAUUUUUUAUUUUUUUACAGGAAAGACUGCACCACGCCACCCACGUCAGGUCUGCGAAGCAUUUUGACGCUCUAUUACUCACACGAUCACAGUUUCCUACCGCUAUCGCUGGAGAACGGCAAAAUAGAUCUAUUUUACCAACGCAGUGACGAACAAGUGUUGAUCAAGAUUUCAUAUUAGACAACUGCAUAGUCAGCAGGAGAUAACAGCAGAUGAGCUUUCUGUGCUUUUGUUUGACUGGAGUGACAAAGGAUCGAUCAGUUUGUUUCUCCGUGUUCUACGAGCAUGUGGUCUUGAUUUUAUGGAUUUUUUUCUUUUUCACACUGCAGGACUGUGAGCUUUUCUUGUAUGGAUGCAGCAGGGUUUUUGGUGUGCAAGUCGUUUUUUGGUGUGCAGCGUUGCUCUAAUUUGAAGUAGGCGGUAAUCACAGAUAGUACCACGCGGAGAAGUUCAAUUACGCGUUAAAUGCAAAGUUUUGAAGUUUUUUUUUUCGUUGUGACGAAACGUGGAAUUUUUACAAAUGCAACUGCA